AUGAUGGAGCUGUUUGAAACCAAUCCCUUUUUCUGUCACGAUCAGCGAUAUCUGGUUGGCGAGAGUAUGGUUUUUACACACUUGGAUGGAACCGCCGUAUCCCCCCUGUACCCGGGAAGCGAGGGCGGUCUGUCUCCUGUCGGAGAUGCUGGCCAACCCGAACCCAGCUGUGACAGCGGCAGCGAGGAGCACGUGUAUGCACCGCCGAGCCUUAAGUCCCACUGUCCCGGGCAGUGCUUGAUCUGGGCAUGUAAAGCUUGCAAAAGGAAGUCAGCCACUACUGACAGAAGGAAGGCGGCGACUCUCAGAGAGAGGAGGAGGCUCAAGAAAAUCAACGAGGCUUUCGAGGCGUUAAAGCGCAGGACGGUGCCAAACCCUAAUCAAAGGCUUCCCAAAGUGGAGAUUCUCCGCAGCGCCAUUCACUACAUCGAGAAACUGCAGGAUCUGUUGCAAAGUCUUGACCAGCAAGAUAAGCUUCGGGAAAACGUGGAGUCGACCAACGCUUGCAUCGGCUCCCAUUCACAGGUGGACACUGAGGGCCGAUGGGGAACAAACACCUGUCCUUCUGGAUGGGGAAACCUGUCUGAUCAUUCCAACAUCCUGACUAAACUCCACAAAGAAGGAAAUAACUCGGAAUCAUCAGGAACCAGCAGCCUUCGUUACCUGACCUCCAUAGUAGACAGUAUCUCAACGGACGAAUCGACUACAGUAUACAACCAAGACUUGAAUGCAAAGUAAUCAUUACAAGUGAUCACUUCGAACUAGAAUGAAAUCGUGAUGGUUUGUUAAACUGCACUUGCUUGCCCUAUAGCGUUUUGCUGUGUUGU